UUUUGGUGUCUGACUUUGUGAUUUCUCUUUUUGCCUUUCUUUUUGAUCAAGGUGACAGGAGCAACAUUUUAUUCAUUUUUACCGGAAAGCAGAAAAGGGCACCAGAGCAAUAGAGGAAGCCAAAAUGAGCCGGAAAAGCAAAAGGAGUUUAAAGGAGAAAUUUGCCUUGAAGAACAGCUUGGUUAAAGAAGCCCUCUCAGAAUUCCUGGGAACUUUUAUACUGAUAAUGCUUGGAUGUGGGUGUGUGGGCCAGGCUGUCCUUAGCCGAGGAGUCCAUGGUGGGCCUAUGACGGUAUCGGUUGGAUUUGCAAUGGCAGUCACCAUAGCAGUGUAUGUGUCUGGGGGAGUUUCUGGUGGUCACAUAAACCCAGCCGUUUCAUUAGCCAUGUGCGUGACUGGAAGAUUAAGAUGGACCAAAUUACCAAUUUACAUAUUAGCACAACUCCUGGGAGCAUUCACUGGAGCAGCAGCUGUCUUUGGGAUUUAUUAUGAUGCCUUUAUGGAAUAUAGCAAUGGAACACUUGAAGUCAUAGGACCCAACGCAACAGCACAUAUCUUUGCAACAUAUCCAGCUCCAUAUCUGUCCCUCAUAAAUGGAUUUGCAGAUCAGGUGAUAUCAACAGCUGUUCUUCUUCUGGCUAUAUUUGCUAUUUUUGACAGCAGAAAUAACAGUGUACCUAAGGGCCUGGAGCCAAUUGCAGUAGGACUUCUUAUAAUUGUUCUUACUUGCUCCUUGGGAAUGAACAGUGGCUGUGCCAUGAACCCGGCAAGGGAUCUAGGCCCAAGGCUCUUCACAGCCAUUGCAGGAUGGGGGAUGGAAGUAUUCACGGCUGGAAAUAAUUGGUGGUGGGUCCCUACAGUUGCACCUAUGCUGGGAGGCAUACUUGGAGCAGUGAUCUAUAUUGUUUUUAUUGAAAUUCAUCAUUCAGAUACUGAGCCAGGAGAAGAAAAUGACAUGCAUGAUAAAUACGAACUGACCAACAUGGAGUAAGAAGUGAAGCAUUUUCUUUCUCAUUUUUGUUAUGCAAUUUUUAUGCAAAUGAUUGUUUGGACCAUUUUAUAAAACCUUUAUGCCUCAAUUAGAAAUUCACAUUUCAAAGGAGAAUAUCCAUAUAGAAGUCAAGUUCACAGCUGACCUCUUCCCAUGAAAUAUCAGCCUGACCACACUCAAAACUGAGAACUUGGGGCUAGAAUGGGUAAAUUGUUCUGUUUCAUAUGGCUUUCAGAUCAAAUUAUCUCCUAGAUGAAACUAGUGAGAGGAUGUACUGACCUGUUAAUUCCACACGUGAUCUUAAUCAUGUUGCCUAAUUACCUGAAAAUAGAUGAGCUAUUGUUACAAAACUGCACGCAGAUUAGUCAGUUAAAGUGCUGAAUUAAUGGGCAAGAGCAUUACUCACUUCUUAUAGCCAUUAUUUAAGAAUGGCUUAUCUGAAAAUUAAAAAUAAUACCUUAACAUCAAUUGAAGUAGUUUUAAAUAACUUACUAAAUUUUUAUGGAGCCACUAAUUGAACAGCAAGGAAUGAACUCAGUGAUGAGGUUUAGUAACUCAGAAUAUGAUCACAAAAGGUAGAAGUUGUGUGUUAUAAGAUCAACACCAAAGAGACAAAGCUGUAGUUCUGCACAUGUUCUUCAUAGCAGUCAUAUUCAGUUAUGUUUAAACCAUUUACUUGACCUUUAUGCUAGCCAAUAUUAAAAACCCAACCUAGAAUAUUAACCCAAACCUCUUCUGCUGUUCUUUCUGGAUAAAAUUCAUUCCUGUGGAGAAGCGCCAGCAACAGAAGCUUAUCCUGCUCAGAGGUCAGCACAAGGCCUGUCUGUAUACGCCUUAAAGAGGCCUGCUGCUGCUGAUUUCCGGAGGGGUCAGGGAGGAUUUCAUCUGCUUUGUGGGAGUAAUUUUUAUUUUGAUAGCAGUAAUUAAAAUUAGAAAGUGAUCUCAGAACUAGUCCUAGAUCUGAAGUCCCCAAGGAAGGCCAACUCCACACGUUCUGAAGUAUGGGCUCUAUCUCACUAAAACUAAAGUGAAGUGGUUGGACAUACACCACUUCCUAAAUAUCCAGCCUUGAAAAACGAAUUUAUUUCUGCUUAAUUAUUGUGAAUUGCAUGUAUCCGAUUAUAUCAAAGUUCAUUUCUAAUAUAUAUUCAUAUAUAUGAGGAGGCGUGACAAGGCUGAUCAUGAAUAAAUAGACAUCCUAUUCAGUGA